AUGCAUAUGUUUGUGUUUUCAAAUAUUGAUAUUCAUAAUGGUCGUACUUAUCCCUCCACAUGUAUGGACCUCAGUUCAGACGGAAGCCCCCGGUUGAGACGUACUUCCGGUCACAUCGAGUUGCGUAUCCAUGUGUAUAACUGCGGUCCUUCCCCUGGUGUCGAAUGCGGGCCAACCACCACUACUCAUGCUUUACGUUUGCAACCGAGCUGGCGCGUGAACCAGCUACGCUCCGAUGUUUCCAGUCUGACGGAUAUUCCGAGUUCCCGACAAUUAUGGUCUGAAAACCCACCUAUGCCCACCAAUGUGGGCAAUGUUCCUACCUCACUAGAUUCGUCUGGUGCGUCGACACUGACGAAAUCCGAUGCUCUUCUCUGUUUGGUUAGUGAGUUGAAUAGCCGGCCACAUCUCCGUGUCAGUCCUUCAAGCAGCAGUGGCCGAUCCUCUCGGGGUUCCAGUCCGCACAAUCCUAGUCUAGCUGAUCUGGGUCUGCAACCAGGCGAGGUGUACACACUCUACGUAACCCGAUCGCCUGCGAAUGGCGCUUCGACAGACAAUCCUUCUUUGCGUAUUGGAUCAAACGAUCAACCCUACCGAUCAUAUACCGAAUCCACAACUGGUGCAAAUGCUGCAACAACUAGCUCGAAGCGUACAUCCUAUCGGAAGCCCAUGCAUUGUAAACUCUCCGAUGAUCACCCAUCCGACAUUGAUGAUGAUGUUGAGGACUACGACUAUGACAACUAUAUUGAAGAUUUGGAUGAAGUUGAACAACCGAAAUAUAAUUUAUGGGCUGAUCCUCUAAUUCCGGAAUCUCACUUUAGCGAUGAUCCCAGUGAAGCAACCGAGAAAUUUUGUCAGCUAUUUCUUCAACGGUACUGUGGUGAUGGCGCUACCAUGGCUCCACCGUUUGCUACUUGCAGUUUGGACGUGGCUCUUUCAUCGUCCGUGGGUAUAGCCAGUGUAACUGAUCGUAAACCGCUCUUCAUUUAUCUGCAUCACAACGACAGUGUGGCUUGUCACGUAUUCUGCCAACAAAUUCUCUGUUCACCCGGCCUUGGCCAAUUCCUGGGGGAUCACGGAUUCUGUUUGUGGCCGUGGGAUGUGACUAGACCCCGAGCUCGGGAACGUCUGCUCGGUUGGCUGGAGAACAAAAUACCCAAGCUAGCCAGUUUCAUCACACCUCUAGCGGUGAGCUGUUUCUCCUUUUUCUGA